AUGUCGGAACAUGUCCAUGUCGAUUAUCAACAACUCAAUGAUAAUCUCCAAAGAUUUUUUGAAGCGCAUCCACAGGUCGAUCACGUUGUCGGAGCUGAAGCCUAUGCGCUUCUUCAACAAUGUCAAAAUGGUCUUAUCCAAUACGCAACGGAUUUACAGGAGGUAGAAGCGGAAGCUGAGAGGGCAAGAAGGAUGUUUGAACGAGAUCUUACUGCUGCCCGAGCUCAACGAACUGCUGUUGAGGUUGUGGCCCCUGACGAAGAACCUAUUGGAAACAAUGCUCCACCUGUACCUCCAGCACCCCCAGUUACAGGUACCACCUAUCGGUCGGAGAAACUCCCAGACCCCGACGUGUUCAGAGGGGAUCGUGAUCGAGAAAGGUUACACUUAUUUAAACAACAAAUGAAAAUUAAGCUACUAGGAAACAUCGAUCGCUAUCCCACACUACAGUCUAAACUAUCAUACGCGUUCAGCAGAUUGGAAGGCGCUGCUGCCAAUCAGUUCUUACAGUACAUGGGAGAAGAAGGUAUUGCCUUACCCUCUAUGACACGAUUUUAUGAGAUUCUGGAUACAGCUUUUGGAGACCCCGAUCGAAUGCGUACAGCUAGAAGGAAUCUUCGAAACAUCAGACAACGCACUCGAACCUUUGCCGAUUAUUUCGCUGAAUUUCAACGGUAUGCUGCUGAGUCGGGUAUGGAUGAAGUCUCUCGGAUUGAGGCUUUGAUGGAAGGAAUUAAUGGGGAACUGGACGAAUCUGUGAGGGAUGCGUACCAGACCACAAGAGUACACUACGCAGAGCUCAGAGUUCGGCUAACAGCUACAAAGGUAGAAGUCUCCAAGGUCUCUUCAGUCAACGUCGAGUAUGAUUCUCCUUGA